AUGCGAUCGCAGGACUUGGCGGCCUACGUGCCGCAGCUGCAGCUGGGCGAGUCGGACGUGACGUCGCUCCGAGAGCUGACCGACACGCUGGUGGUCCACAACAUGGAGAGCUUCAACGCGCUGCAGGUGACGGCGGACGGCCACGCGGACGCCCACCAAUGGAAGGAGCUGCGCCGCAAGGACGGCAUCCGCGUGUACAAGGAGCGGUCGGCGACGCACUCUACUGCAUCCGGCCCCGCGCUGCCCUGCAUCCCGUCGCUUCUGCUGCUCGGCGCGGUCGUGGGCAAGCUCGAGGACGUCAUGUUCGUGGCGGCGGCCGCGACCGACGAGCAGAUGAAGCUCACGUCCAAGUGUCUGCAGGACGGCGUGCUCGAGAGCAAAGUGGUGCAGUCCGUCGUGGCUCCGAGCGAGGAGCAGCCGUUCCGACACGUCGGCGUCAAGUGGCGCCUGCACAACAACGCGCGCGACUUCGUGUGCGUGGACGCCACGGGCUUUGCCACGAGCAGCAAGGGCGAGCAAAUCGGCUUCAGCAUCUCGCACUCGGUGGCGUUCUCGCAGAUCCCGAGCUUCGACAAGUUCGGCGUCGAGCGCGCCAACAUGUCGGUGUGCUGCCUGUUCCGCCAAAAGGCGCCCGAGCUCGUCGAGUGCUACGCGCGCGGCUUCUACGACUUCCGCAGCGACAGCAACGAGCUCAUGAACAGCCUGUCGAUCAACGCGGUGGCCACGCAAUGGCUCAGCGUCUCACGGUACGUCGACUGCGCAGAGAUGAAGAAGCUCGUGUGGCGCUUGCGCAAGAACUCGGGCCUCCCAGUCAACGGGCCCAUGGUCAUCGAGCCGGUAGAGGAGACCGCGCAGCAGCAAAUCGACAAGAGUGAAGCUGGUAGUGGCAGUGGGUGCGCUGUCUGCAGACGCAGCUUGGGCUUCUCGCUGCGUCGGACGUGCAAGAUCUGCCAGCGCGGCGUGUGCUCCAGCUGCAGCGUCAAGAAGCUCGUGUGUGUGCUGGCGCCCGACCGUCGCACAGUGCUGGACAAGAAGCGCACGUUCUGCGCCGCGUGCGUUUGCCAAGUGGCCAAGAGCGACGCGCUGGCCAUCGCCCAGGACGAGAUCCGAGAGCUGCACGAGCGGCAGCCACAGGACGACGAAGACACGCCGCACAUUGACGAGACCUGCGCACUACAAGCUGUAUGA